UAAGACAUGAUAAAUAAGAAAUCAAGUCGUUUCAAAACGCAAUUCCAAACAAAGCGUAAAUCGUACGAUAUUGAUAUUCACCACCUUCUCGUCUGUUUCCUAGCGGCAAUACUUUAGUCGAUCAUGUCAUCAGAUCCUAGGGAUAGCUGCACUGUUUAUAUUGAGAUUUGCGUUUUCAAGUUUACAGGUAAUUUGGAUGAGAGAGUAAGCGAUAGGGUUUUAUACGAUAUACUUAUUCAAGCUGGUCGUGUAGUUGAUUUACACAUUCCUCGAGAUAAAGAAACUGAUAAACCAAAAGGCUUUGCGUUUGCAGAAUAUGAAACAGAGGAGAUUGCUGAUUAUGCUGUCAGGCUUUUCACUGGCCUUGUCACCCUUUACAAUAAAACCUUGAGAUUUGGGAUAUCUGGAAAAGACAAAGCCACCCUCAACUUGCAAGUACCAUCCAUGUCCAUGCUCACAUAUACUUCUACUAUUAAAUCAAGCCUCCAUGAAGAUGUUGCUAUGAGCCCUAUAUCACGAUAUACACAAGAUGAAGAUUCGGGGUUGAAUAAAGACAAGGAGGUGGAAGUCUAG